UCAACGCGCAUUCAAUUUUGGUGAUAGCUACACUUUCAAGUCUUUCUAAACAUACUUUUCACAAGAAAAUGCAGCCUUGAAACAAUUGGACAGACCGAGUCUUUCUUGUACCUGACAUUAACCCCAUAUUUGUUCAUACUGUCAGCUAAGACACUGUUUUUGCAUAUGCUGUAAUGAUUCAGUAAUAUCUUCGCAGUCUGCACACACAACCUCGACCAUAAACUAUGGAUAUAAGAUAAAUGUUUAGCAAACAGAAGAAAGAGGAACAUUCUCAACUAUGAGAACUUCUGUCUCUUUGGUCCUUCUAGUUUCUUUGAUAGUUUUGCCAUUUUCUUGUAAAGCAAGCUUCGCUUUAACCGCGGAAGCUUUAGCCCUCCUAAAAUGGAAAACAAGUCUUGGGAAUCAAUCAAUUCUCCGGUCAUGGGUAAUACCCAGAGAAAAUGACAAUUCCAGUGCUGCAUAUCACUGCAAAUGGCGUGGAAUAACUUGUAAUAAAGCAGGCAGUGUUACUGAAAUAAAUCUUGCUUACACAGGUCUAACAGGUACUCUCCAAGACUUAGAUUUCUCCUCCUUUCCAAACCUUCUCCGUCUUGAUCUUAAAGUAAACCAGCUUACAGGCAUCAUUCCAUUAAACAUAGGCAUACUUUCCAAACUCCAGUUUCUUGAUCUUUCUACAAACAAUCUUAAUGGAACUUUGCCUCUUGCUCUUGCUAAUCUUACUCAGGUUUAUGAGCUUGACUUUUCUCGAAACAAUAUCAGUGGUGUGCUAGACCCCCGCUUGUUCCCUGAUGGAACAAGUUUUACCAAAACUGGCCUUGUUAGUCUAAAAAAUUUUCUCCUUCAAACUACAGGACUUGGUGGCAGAAUUCCUGAAGAAAUAGGAAAUCUGAAAAAUCUGUCUCUUCUAGCUUUAGAUGAAAAUCAUUUCUAUGGUUCAAUUCCUUCCUCUCUAGGAAAUUUGAGUCAGUUGACCAUUCUACGCCUUUCCAGCAACCAAUUAUCAGGGGAAAUUCCACCAACUUUAGGCAAUUUGAAAAAGUUAACUGAUUUGCGCUUGUUCAAAAACCAAUUGUCUGGUUUAGUGCCUUCAGGAUUAGGCAAUCUUUCAUCAUUAACUGUUCUACACCUUUCUGAGAAUAACUUAACUGGCCAUUUGCCACCACAAGUAUGCAAAGGUGGAAAGCUAAUCAAUUUCACAGCUGCUUUCAACAAUUUCUACGGUCCAAUCCCUGUUAGCCUAAACAACUGUCAUUCCUUAUACAGAGUUAGGCUUGAACAUAACCAACUUACAGGAGUUUUGGACCAAGAUUUUGGAGUAUAUCCAAACCUCACUUAUAUUGACCUAAGUUUCAACAAGUUGAGAGGUGAGCUCUCUGCAAAAUGGGGUCAAUGCCAAAACCUGACACUUCUGAGAAUUGCUGGGAAUAUGGUAGGUGGCAACAUUCCUGCUGAGAUUAGUCACCUGGAGCAGCUAGUAGUACUUGACCUUUCUUUGAACCAAAUUUCUGGUGACAUACCAGAAAAUCUUGGAAAAUUAUCCAAGCUUUUGCUUCUAAGCCUGAAAGAUAAUAGGCUUUCAGGUCAGGUGCCAACGGAAAUUGGAGAAUUAUCCAACUUGCAGUCUCUAGACCUUUCUAUGAACAUGCUAAGUGGGCCAAUUCCACAUCAAAUAGGAGACUGUUCUAGACUUCAAAUGCUGAACUUGGCCGAGAAUAAGUUGAAUGGCAGAAUCCCUUAUCAAAUUGGUAAUCUUGCAGCUUUGCAAAAUUCACUUGAUUUGAGCUACAAUUUUCUUACUGGAGAAAUCCCUUCUCAGCUUGGAAAGCUUGCAAGUUUAGAACAACUGAACCUAUCAUGCAAUAAUCUUACCGGUUCAAUUCCUUCUUCUCUUAGUAACAUGUUGAGCUUGAUUACUUUCAAUCUUUCAUAUAACAACUUAGAGGGUCCAAUUCCUGAUAGCAACAUCUUUCGCUCAGUCGAUCCAAGCGCUUAUAGCAACAACAAAGACUUAUGCAGUGGUGAAAUGCAAGCUUUGAGACCCUGCAAUACCACUACUACUGAAAAGAGCGACACAAAUAGAAAAAACAAAUUCGUUGCAAUUGCUCCUUCAAUGGCAGGUGGGCUAUUUCUUUCACUUGCAUUUGCAAGUAUUCUUGCAUUUCUCCACAAAAGAAACAUGUCAACAGAUGAAAGCAAAUCAAGCAGUAGAGAAGAAGAUCAAUUCUCGGUAUGCUACUUUAAUGGCAGGAUUGUGUAUGAAGACAUUAUUCAAGCUACAAAAAACUUCAAUGACAUGUACCGCAUUGGAGAGGGAGGAACCGGAAAGGUUUACAAAGCGGAAAUGUCAGGCUGUCAAGCGUUAGCAGUAAAGAAGCUGAAUUACCUUGGCAAAGACGGAGAAGUUGAAAGGAUAAAAAGUUUUAGCAAUGAGGUAGUAGCUUUAGCAGAACUACGCCAUCGCAAUAUUGUAAAACUCCAUGGAUUCUGUUACAAAAGAAAGCAUGCAUUUUUGGUUUACGAGUUCAUAGGAAAAGGAAGCUUAGCUAAUAUGCUAAGCAGUGAGAAAGGAGCUACGGAGUUGGAUUGGGAAAAGAGGAUUAAAAUUAUUAAAGGGGUUGCUCAUGCUUUAUCUUAUAUGCAUCAUGAUUGUAAUCCACCUAUGAUUCAUCGAGACAUAUCCAGCAAUAAUGUUUUAUUAAACUCUGAACUUGAGGCUCUUGUAUCAGAUUUUGGCACUGCCCGGUUUUUGAAGCCGUAUUCAUCUAAUUGGACAACAAUUGCAGGAACAUAUGGUUACGUAGCUCCUGAGCUAGCUUACACGGCUGCGGUGACUGAGAAAUGUGAUGUUUAUAGUUUUGGGGUGCUGGCAUUAGAAGUUAUGAUAGGGAAGCAUCCAGCAGAACUCAUAUCAUAUCUGCAAUCAUUGACUGAUAGAUGCAUAUGCUUAGAAGAUGUCUUAGACGGACGUAUCUCGCCUCCAACAGAUCAACAACUUACUGAUAAAUUGUCGUGUUUGUUGAGUAUUGCUUUCAUAUGUUUAAGAGCUAAUCCUGAAUCUCGACCGUCCAUGAGAAACGUAUCUCAGCUUCUUGAAAUGAAGGACAGUUCUGAUUGUUAGUACUAAUUCCUAAACACUAGUUUGUAUAUAUGUUAAUUAUUUAGUCCAUAUCUUAACAAUCAAACUAAUUAUGAAGUACUA